CUGCUUUUUCACACAUUUUGCAAUGUUUUCCAGUUUUCUAAGAAAAAUAUUUUUUUAGUAUUUAGUGUAUAUUAAGCCGUUUCUUCCAGUUUUCACAUGUGAAUUCAAAUCCUGAUUUAGCAAGUUACAGAAUGCAGCAAAAGUUUACUUUAAACAGCAUUCGAAAAGCAGACUUCUCGCCGAUUUAGAAAAGAGCGUUAUUUUCGCGGCGUCUUGCUCUGUAGAAGCUUGUACACUUUGCGACGGUAUAAACAAAAUCGGAACAAAUGGAUCAAUAUCCUUAUAGCAUCCCGCCAUCCUACCAACCAUAUCCGGAUGAGGUAGCAAACAAAGCGGUAUCCGAGUCGCAAGUUCCUUCGGCAACUGAUACGUACUAUGUGAACGCCGGUUCAGCUGCAACUGGAUUUGGAUUUGUUCCGCCCAUACAACAGCAACAACAACAACAUCAAGAUAGUUUGCCUCCAUCGCAAGCAAAUGGAUUAAUGCCUCCAAUACAAACCGACAACUGCUCUGCGGGUUAUGGGCUCUAUCCCAGUCAACAAUUCUCUGCUGCAGCAGAGCCGAUUACGGUUAAUCCACCGAUAGUCCCACAGGAAACAAUCCUCAAUCCAGUGACGAUCCCACAUAUGACACCGAUUGCUACACCAGAUUAUCAACAACAGGGUUACGCCCGAGAAUCAAUUGCUGGUAGCCAACCUAUGGACUACCAAACAAUGGCGGUGCCCGAAAUAGAACAAGAUCAAGCAAUGGAGCCGCUGGAGCCAACAUCACAUCCGUUCGGCGAUGAACAGCUGGAGGUUGAAAAGACGAACACGAACUUUUCAAAUAAUGCCUCGAUUGCUGCAGAACCGACAGCGGAAUUACCGAGUCCGCAGGAACAGUCACCAGUUCCACCGACGGCAGAUCCAACCAAUGACAACACCAAACCAGUUGAAACCGUACCGGCUCCAGUUCCAGUCGAAGAGCUACCUAAUGUUGAUACCCUCCCUCCAGUUUUUGUUGCUGACUCUAAGGAAGACGUACCGCCAGCUCCGGUUGAAAAUGCAGAACUGUCCGAGAAAGAUAUCACUACUCCAGUCGCCGACACCGACAGCUCUCCCUCUAGGGAUGUCACGGCAGAAGCAGCAACAACAACAGAACCAGUAGAAGCUCAAACUGGAGCUGAAAACGAGCAAGCAGAAGCUCAUACUGUAGCUGAAAACAAAAAUGAUCCUACUGCUUCUGCAGUCGCAACUCAACCCAGUGAUGUUCCAGAGGAUCACGGUAGCUUAUCAUCGAAGAAAAAGCGUCGUCGUAUCGUACAGUUGAACGAUGACGACGACAGCGAAGAAGAGGAUGGCCCUGAUCGAAUGGAACUUCUCCGAUCACCGGAACCGCCAGUAGAUGGGGGGGAUCUGCCCCACACUAAUGUGUGCGGGGAGCCAAUCAUCGACAAAGAAAAACCAAACGAUGAUGGUGCUGCUGGCGGUAGUGAUCGAGAAGAUGAAGAACGACCCGAAUCAGCGGCCUCAGGAGGACUAUGUAGUGCAAUUCCAUCGAUUUUCCAAAAUGUGGUAAUGAUUCCAGCCGGUGAUUCGGAUGCUCACAAGAGAAAGAAAAUUCGGGUGUUGGAGAGUGACGAUGAGGAAGAUGAACAGCGGGUAACAGAGAGUGUGGAUGACAUAGGAUUGACCGGCGAUGGCGAUGAUGAGUUAAACCAAGCUGGCGGUUUGUUGAUUGAUGAAAACGCUGAACCUGGAGGUGAUUAUGGAGCAAUGGAAGGUAUUGAAAUGGAUAAGAUGGAACAGAUUGUGACGAUGGAUGCACCGAUUAUUGACCCUAGUAGGAUGGUGAACGAAGAUGAUGAUGAGGAUGACGAUGACGAGAACAAUGCCGAUUCAGAAGGAGGCGAGAAGGAAAAUGGUGGUAGUGAACAAGAAGAAGAAGAUGCUGAGGAAGAAGAGUUGGGAGAAGAAGAAGAAGUUGUAGAAGAGGGUGUUGAGAUGAUAACGGCCGAAGAUGAUGAUGGGGAAGCGAUUGGAAUAGCCACGGAUGACGAGAAGGAAUUGGAGGAUGAGGAAGAGGAGGAAAAGUCAGCAUCAGAGGAAAACGACGACGAUCGGGGGAGUGACCAGGAAAAUCAGGGUUCGGAUGUGGAACAAUCCGAUCAGGAGGAGGCGAGCGGUGAGGAAUCGUCCAAAGAAGAGGAUAACAAUCGAAGUGCUUCGCGGUCAGCGUCUGCUUCACCUGCUGAUGGAGAGAAAGAAUCUCGAUCGUCAGAUCAGAAAAAAGAAGAUGGGCACAAAUCAGGGAGCGAGGACGAUGUUGUUUGUCAGAAUGAUUUGGAGCUGAAUACAAUUUCACUAUUAACGGACGAAGAAGAUGACAACACUACCCCACUGCCGCCUCCGAAAAAGGAACUCCCGGUGGUACGGAUAGUGAACAUUAAGAAAGAACUACUCGAUACCCGGUUUGUUAAACGCGAACCGGGCUCACAUAAACAAGCACAAUCGGCAACGACCUAUCAACAGCAGCAUUAUCUUAAACAGCAGCAACAAAUUGCACAGAGAAAGGAGGAAAAGCAGAAAAAGAAACAGAAAAAACAACGGAUAUUCGACAAUAACGACCCUUUCGGAGCCUGGUCCAGCUCCUCCAGCGAGGACGAGUUCAUUCCAAACGAUAUCUAUUUCGGUACACCGGAUCGCGUGUUCACGGCGAGCACCAAAAUCCGCUGCCAGCGGCAGAAAAUGGUCAACGAUCGCUACGCUAAGUAUUCGGGAGGAAAAUCCUCUAAGCGGCACUACACGGAUGAAUCGGACGCUGAAGAACGACGGAAACGGAAGCAGAAAAUGGAACAAAUUGCACGAUUAAAUUUGCCCUCCUAUCAACAGGCACAGCUGCAAAGUUUAAUCAAAAAGAAGAGCAAAAAGAAACAUGGCAGGUUCUACGAUAAAUCGCAGGACAUUCCGAAUGACAUUUAUUUUGGAAACGUAAAUGUUCCGCUUCACGUACUAUAUGCCUUUGGGAGCAGCUCAUCGGAAGAUGAGAGAGUGGAUCAGAAUCGCGCGAAUACAUCUUGGAGACCACAGCAAAAUGUUCCCACGAAACAUGGUAGAUACCAAUCAUCAAGCAAAUCCUAUAGGAGUUCAUCCUCUUCAAGCUACAGUAAGUCUACGGUUAGCCCCAGUAAUGAUCGUUCCGUUCAAGCCAUGAAAGAAUAUCUGAAAAUUGCCGGCUUUAAAAAUGUCAAGUUUCAUAAACUAUGGGAAGGUUGCAAAUCAAACCAGGAACGGGCAAACGCGAUCCUGCGUCUAAUGCAGGAAAAGGGUCUCGAAGGGGAGCCCACGAUUGCGAAAUGUCGCGAGCUACGCAAACAGCUGCAAAUGGAGCGCGAAGCUAAGGUUUUGGACACCAGCCUCAUUAUUGAUGGCGGUGAAGGUCGUAUAACGCGUCGUAGUGCGAGGCAACCGCAGAAUCAGAGUUCCACUGAUCCAUCGGAUCCAAAUGCACCUUCCACGUCCGGACUGUCGCAAGCACCGGUCGUUCCACCCGAAAGUUUGGAGACGUUAAAUCGCAUUCGCAAUGUGAUCGAUCCGGACUCAGAUGGAGAGUAAAAUAAACUGUACAUAGUCAUACCAUCGUCUGGAAAGUCGACUACAGGUGGCCAUAAAAUAUAUUUUGGUUCUAGGUUUACCAAUCAUAUGGUAAAAUUUUCUGCGUUAUUGUGGCAUAGACAUUUUAUAUAUAUAAUUUCAUUAUUCGAUAACAGAAUGUCACUAUUUUUUAAGGAUCAAGUUUAUAGAGUUUAUACUUUCUAAAAGAAAAUGCUUCUCAUGCGGAACAAAUAUAAUUUAACGCUAACAUUCUACUGUACUAAAAAGGUAGCUGUUUAGUACUAAUAUUGACAAUUUAUUUUGAUAAUCACAACACAACAGCAUUGAGGCGUGCGUACACGCAAUCGUGUAUAAUAAAAUUAACCUUCAAGAAUGUGAAUGCUUAGAUCCCAAUAAAAUCAAAAGUCACUCUCCCUAGAUUAUAUCCAAACGUAAUAUAAUGUAUUAGACAGAUAAGAUGAAUUUCAGUUUUGUACAUUAGUGAAAUAGCAUAUUAGGAUGUAAAAUCUCCAAUAAAGUAUGGCUUUUAAAGUAAAGUGUA